UCACGUAGUGCAUUGUGGGUAGGUCACGAACAGGGACAAGUCCAUGUGCUUUUGACUGUUAGUGAGGGAGAAAAUAACUAAAAAUAAAUAGCUGCUUGUUUUAAUAGUGACUCUCGGUCACACAGAGCCGGUUACCGUGAAGAUGUACUGCACCAGACGCUGUCUCCUGAGCGCGCUGCGCGCCGCCGCGGGCUCACAGCACCGGCAACAACUUCAAUGGCAGAAUCUAGCCCUGUGUGCACUCAGACUUCUAAAGACAACUUCAGCCACCCACUCGGACGCACUCGCCACCCCUCCUCUAGAUGAUGCACCUAAACAGUAUUCUCCUAAAAUUCAACAGCUUGUCAAUGACAUAGCCAGCCUGACGUUAUUAGAGGUGUCAGACCUGAACGAGCUCCUCAAGAAAACUCUGAAUAUAAAGGAUGUUGGAAUGAUGCCGAUGGGGACCAUGGCUGCAUCAGCUGUACCAGCAAAUCAGGCUGAUGAAGAGGAGGAGGUUCCAGUGAAGAAAGAGAAGACUUUUUUCACAGUGAAAUUGACAGCAAUAAAUGUAGCUGAUAAAGUCAAAGUUAUAAAAGAAGUGAAGAACUGCAUGCAGGGCUUGAAUCUGGUGCAGGCCAAGAAACUAGUGGAGUCACUUCCUCAGGAAAUUCGGACCAAUGUGGCCAAAGAAGAGGCAGAGAAAGUAAAAGCAGCCCUGGAGGCAGCAGGUGGCACUGUUGAGCUGGAGUAGCCAAUAUCUCUGCUCGUCUGGUUUGCCAUCAUUUUUAUAUAUAUAUAUAUAUGAUGAUGUUGGGGACAAAAGUAACAAGGAAAUACCGUGUCAGAGUAAAAUCUCUUGAUGCUGGUGAUGUUGGGCCCAAUAACUGACAGAACUUUUCAGGUGUGUCGACGGCACACACUGCUGCCCUGUUGUCUGCUUUUUCAGUCGUCCUUCUUGUUUGUUAUUUUGUUAUGGAGCAGCUAUGCUACAAAAAUCCUGUCCUUUGGUGCCCAGUCAGUCAUUCAGUCAUUCUCUGUAUGCAGGUACCUCAGCAAGAUGAAAAGUUUUGCAGUAGGGACUUGAAUACGUUGUCCUGUUUGAAGAACACAAAAUUGAGCCUUACAGGCAGCAGAAUUGUUACUUGUGAUUAAAGUUGAAUUAUUGAUAAUGUUA